AUGUUUUUGGAUUUUUUUGUUUUGGACAUGUUCACGAUGAGCGUGUUGUGCGUUGAAGCAGACAAAACCAGUGAUGAAAGACCUUGCUGCGGUGUUGGGGUUUGGUUCCUGUCUGUUUUGGGAUUGAAAGUUUUACACAAAACCGGUGCAAGGAAAACACGGCCACCCGCUGGAAUUCCCUUCUGUGGUCUGACACCUGCACACAUGCUGUCUGGAGUGCUCAACAAAACCAAAGUCAACACAGGGCUUGUUCUCUGGCAAGGCCAGCUGGUCGCAGACCCUUGCAUGCCAGUGGAGCCAGCAAGGCUGCAAGCUGCCGCUGGUGACAACAGGGUGGAAAGAGACAAUUUUGAACGAGAGGUCUUGGGCCCUACACCUCCAACCACACAAACCAGCAAGUUUGCCGGAUUGCAGCAAGAGGUACCUUCAGCGCAGAUGCCAGUGGCGGGCCACUCCGAAUCCGAGGAAACUUGCUUGGGCCGCACAGAAACGAGCCCGGCCUUGCUCUAG